UUAACCUCCUUAUUCCACGAUAGGUUAAAUUUUUUUUAAUCUUUCGUAAAAUAAAGAAGAAAGAAAAGUGAAUUAUGCAUCUUUACGAACAAUUUCAAAUAUUUGAAUUGUCCGAAAUAAUUUUUAGACAAUUGAAAUUGAUGAAAGGUAUUCGUAAACAUAGUUAGUGCAUCGGAAUAUUAUCAUCGUUGUUUCCAGUGCAAUAUCACUGUACCUAUUUAUAUAUAUAUAUAUAUAAAUACUUGUACGAAGAAUUAUUUUCUUCGUUAAUCGCACAAGUACUCUGAAAUUAGAGAAAGAUGUUGACGCGGCAUAAUAUAAUCACAGAAUCACCUCACGUUGAGGCUAUACCGAUUAAUCUUGUUACCACCGAGGAUGGUCGAACGCUUUUGGCAGUGACAGAACAUAAAGAUGGUAUGAUGGAAAUCGUUGCAACUCCAGUUACGCUCAUCGGUCAAAACGGUUCACCAACUUCCUUGGUUGAUGUAAAAAACUUUAAUGAAAACUUUAUACUGCACUCUCCUAUUUUUCAACUGAACAUAGAAGAUAUCGUAGAUGGGACAGAUCUACAACAGCCUACAGAAAAUGUUGAAUCUGGUACUGCUACUGACGACAGAUUAAAGUCACAAAUGUCCAUGGAAGCAAAGUGCAAGACAGAAACUAGUUGGGAAUACCGAUCUCCUUUGCAAAAUGAUUUAACAACAAUUAACAAACAGGAUGAAAGCUCUGUGCAAAAGUCAGUAAACGAUGGUGUCAAAAGAAAUAGCCCUGGAAGACCUAAGAAAACUGCAACAGUUUCCUUACAAGGUACAGAAUGUUUAAGAUGCGACAUAUGCCAUCAAGAAUUUGUCAAACGGACUUUAUAUCGGAAACACAUGGAAAAUCAUGCGGAAGAGAAACCGCAUCGGUGUCCAAAAUGCUCUGCAUCGUUCAAUGUACCGACCAAUUUUACUCUUCAUAUGGCGACUCAUAAUACGGGCGAACCAAAGUGCCCAGAAUGUGGGAAAAAAUUUACAAGAAUGGCUAGUUUAAAGUCUCAUAUGUUGCUACACGAAAAAGAAGAAAAUUUGUUCUGUACAGAAUGCGAAGACGCUUUUUCAACUAAAGCUCAAUUGGAUGCACAUUUGAAACUUCACGGAGAAAAGUGGGCGACGGAAGAGGCGCGAAAGUGUAAGCUAUGCAAUAAACAAUUUAGUCAACCGGCUUUGUACAGGCUUCAUAUUCGUGAACAUUACAGGUUGCAGACUAAAGUGACAAAACAGACGAAAAAAGGAACGAAACAUAAAACUGUAUAUAAAUGUACGAUAUGCUUAAAGUCUUUCCAGAAACCGAGUCAAUUAAUGCGCCAUAUCAGAGUGCAUACCGGUGAAAAACCUUUCAAAUGUACCGUGUGCAGUCGUGCAUUUACACAAAAAAGUUCGCUGCAGAUUCAUACGUGGCAGCACAAUGGUAUUCGGCCUCAUGCUUGCGAACUUUGUAACGCGAAAUUCAGUCAGAAAGGUAAUUUGAACGCUCAUAUAAUGAGAGUUCACAAUGUGCCAGAGGGAGAGCCAAUAUAUGGAUGUAACUAUUGUUCGUGCAUAUUUAAAAAGCUUGGAAGUUUGAACGGCCAUAUGAAACGCAUGCAUGCCGAUAUAGACGAGGAAGGAACCACUGCUGCUGCUGCUAGUGAUGCUCAUCCGGCCGAUAUCAUGGAAUCCGAUAUACGUGCGACCGUGGACAGUGUUAUAACACAGUUGGCGUCAUUGGAAGCGAACACAGAAGAAAUUGAAAAAUCGUCAAAUAGCAAAGCGAAUUUAUCGUCGGAAGGAACUAUGAAAAAGGAUAUAUUACAAGAAGCACUGAAAAAUAGUGGUCUCCCUAGUAAAAAUAAAACCCUGAACGAAGGUACGACGGAAACGAAAAAGCUUGGGGCGCGUACUAAUUUUGUAACGUUAUUGGAUCGAGCGCCCGACGGUGGCACUAGAAAAUAUUUAACCAUAAAACAGCGAUGCGUAGGGAACAUAAGGUGGUACGCGUGUACCUUUUGUCAUAAGGAGUUUAAAAAGUCGUCAGAUUUGAUACGUCAUCUUCGUGUACACACGCAGGAGAAACCUUUCAAGUGCAUGCAUUGUUAUCGUUCGUUCGCUUUGAAGUCUACCAUGAUAGCACACGAACGAACUCAUUCUGGUACGAAAAGAUAUGCUUGCGAUUCUUGUGAUAAAACAUUUGCGUGUCAUGGAAGUUUAGUUGGCCAUACCAGAUUGCAUGGAAAAUCUAAAAACAAUUGUAAUAAAACAAUUGUCGACGAUGAUAAGAACAGCGGUGUGCACACCAGAGAAAGUAUCAGCGGUGUCUGUCAGUCUGUCAAUCAGUCGAAAGUUCAAGCUAAGAAUAAGUCAAAGUUAUCACCCGAAGCGGAGAGCCUAGCACAGCAAGUAGUGUUACAAGAACCCUUGGUAAUCAGUGAUACGGGGAAUAAAAUUUGCGUCGCGCAAGUAGCAUCAAAGGAAAAACGUGCUUACGAUGCGUCUACCGAUCCAGCUAGACCGCACAAAUGUUUGGUCUGCCAAGCGGCAUUCAGAAAAAUCAGUCACUUGAAGCAACAUCAUCGUCGGCACACCGGUGAACGCCCUUACGAAUGCACCAAAUGCGACAGGAGAUUCACAUCGAACAGCGUGUUAAAAUCACAUUUACACACGCACGAAGAUUGGAGACCGUACGGUUGUCCCAUAUGCGAUGCGAAAUUUUCUACGCAAAGUAGCAUGAAAAGGCAUUUAGUUACUCACAGUAACAAAAGACCAUUCAUGUGUCCGUACUGUCACAAGACUUUCAAGACUUACGUGAAUUGUCGGAAGCAUAUGAAAAUCCAUAAACACGAAUUGGCACAACGGCAAUUGGAGCAACAGAAACUUCAAAUGCAGGAACAAUCGACGGAGCAGAUUUUCCGUGAAGAUUCCAAAGAAAUGAGAACUCUCGAAUCGAGCUGUUCGCCCUCUGUUUCGAACGCUACCAGUACAAAUGUCGUCACGACCGUCGCUGCCACUUCUGCGAUUAUUACAACGGCCGUUUCUACGUUUUCCGACAAUCUUACGUCGUUUUCUCGUCUUGGCGCGGUUGAAAUAUCGUUUCAGCCACAACUCGGUACCGAUUUUUCACAAACUUUCCCGGAGCAGGAGAAGACGAGACCAGUUUUAUCAGGAAAUUGCGACGCUUCGACGUUUAUUAAUCACAACAUAUCGGAAACGGUAAUGGCGAAUCUUGAAAAUACACAAAUGUUACACGCUGAUGAAACUGGUUCGGUUACAUUGCCCCCCGUUUAUUCCGGUGAUCAAGCACUUACACCGGAGAGUAUACGAGAAAUAGAAGAAACAUUGAACCAGCAGUUUUUUAACAUCGGAAUGAACAUUAAUCUUGAAAAUAGUCAUUCGAGACAUUCAAACAACGCGAAUGCGAAUGAUUUUGAUGGUGCAAAAGGCAUAGAGGAAGAGCAACGAACGGUGCUGAACGUUAUGUACGAAAACACUGACAAUGAUAAUACCAGUAACAAUAACAAUAAUGAUAAAAAAGAGGAAGGGGAUGACAGCAACGUAGAACCAUCCGAGGAGCAUGUAUUUUCAUCGCAAUUGGAUUCAUUCGAGAUGGAUCAUAUUGCAUUGCAAUCGGACACUGAAAUUGAUAUCGGAUUGGUUGCAAGCGAUUCGACGAGUAUGGUAAGUAUACUCCCUAGAACUGCGAAAGAACAUCGGCUGUCUGAGGAUGCCCAGGACAGAGAAGAAUCGGGAAAAACUAGUAUUCAAACGGUAGUGUUCAUUUCGCAAGAAAAUCUUUCGAGAAAGGAAGAUGCAACGACGGAAUUGGAAGGAGUGAACGAAGACGCUAUACGAAAACAAUGUGUAAUGAGUCCGAUGCUAUUGACAGAAGAGUUCGGAGGAUCGGUACAACAAGAAUCGAUAAAGAAUCAAUCAGAAGUGAACGCGAUGUCCUCCUGUACGAAUAAAAUAUCACACGGUGAAUCUUUGUUACAAUGCCAUAUGUGUAGUCAACAAGGAUUUACGGCAAUCGGAUUAAAGGAACAUUUAAAGACUCAUCGUGGAACAAAGGAAUAUCAAUGUACAGAGUGCUCUUCAAGAUUUUGCACAAACGGUGGACUGAACAGACAUUCGAAGAUACAUGUUGUUAAGCAGUCAUGGAAGUGUUCGUCUUGUGAGAAAUAUUUCAGUAGCAGAACGCAGUUGCGAUCGCAUAGCAAAAUUCAUGAAAUCUCGAUUUGGAACGCAAUGUCUACGGAGACUUCGGUUUCGUCAGAUUUACAACCAGUUACGAAUAACAGCGACCCGUGUUUAAACGAUAUCGCGAUAGAUCCAGACUCAGCUGUCUCUGAAAAGGUUCUGUUGGACACAAUGGCGGAAAAGGCAGUGAUGGAUCAAAUAGAAACUGUUUCAGGGGAGAAAAGGGAACGAAAAGAAUACACGAAUAAGUGUAAGUCUUGUCCGAAAACUUUUCGCAAGCCGAGUGAUCUUAUAAGGCACGUGCGUACACAUACAGGAGAACGACCUUACAAGUGCGAUUUCUGUAGCAAAAGCUUUGCCGUGAAAUGUACUUUGGAUUCGCAUACGAAAGUUCAUACCGGUAAGAAGACGUUCCGAUGCCAUGUUUGUAACAGUAUGUUUGCGACCAAGGGCAGUCUAAAGGUUCACAUGCGGUUACAUACAGGUUCGAAGCCAUUCAAAUGUCCUGUAUGCGACUCGAGAUUUCGGACUUCGGGCCACAGAAAAGUACAUUUAUUGAAACACGCGCGGGAACAUAAGGAGAGUCCAAAGAGGAAACAGAAACAUCUAAAAGUUGCUGCCAUAGCAGAAGUAGCGGCUGAUUUAGAAAAUCUUGGUAGAAAUAUAGAGAAAACGAGUAACUUCGAACUGAAUCAACAGCAGCAACAAUUGCCGCAGACAAAGGAUUAUCCUCGCUUGGAUACAAUUAGCGUCGAGGCAGCUGCAACCUGUUUAACUGAUCAAAUCAACUUUGAUACCGAUACCGAUGCGGCUAUCGUAUCGAACAAUAAUCCAACAAUGGCAGCGAGCGAAGGAAAUCAGCAGUUAGUUACUAAUCUACAUUUUCUUUUAACGAACGGACUGGUGACUAUUCAAACCGAGGAAUCGUUAUUGUCGCAAUCGACGUCGGUUAAUAACGUGUCCUACAAUCGUUCGACUAUGACGUCCGAUUCCGUGUGUAUACCGACCCUCUGUAUUUCAUCCGGUACCAGCAACAACGAUCAUGCCAAGGAAGAUAUUCAUACAGCACAAUUACCGUCGUCGUCGUCGUCGUCGUCGUCGUCGUCGCAUCAACAGAAAUCUAACAACUGUCUGUUAACGGUUGCAACUUCGACGAUGCAAAUGGAGCAACCAUUGUCAAAAGUGUUUGCCGAUAAAACUUUACCGACAACAACUAAAACGUUAACCAAAGGAAACUCGGCCAGAAAAGAGUGUGACAUUUGUGGAAAGACAUUUACGAAGCCUUAUCAGGUUGAAAGGCAUAAGAGGAUUCAUACGGGUGAUCGACCGUACAAGUGCGAUUUGUGUACAAAAUCAUUCGCUCAAAAAUCUACUCUACAAAUGCAUCAGAAACAUCACACGGGGGAUCGUCCGUACGCCUGUCCGUACUGCGAAUAUUCUUUCACACAGAAAGGCAACUUGCGAACACACGUGAGACGGGUACAUCAGUUGGAUACGAUCAAUGCGAAGAAAUUGAAGCGCGGGCGUCAAUAUUUUCUACCUAAAUCAAUUCAAGACAGCGUACUUGAAACAAAGACUUUGAAUUUAGAUGACAUACCAUUCGUUGAAUUCCUUAAAUAGGAUGUACAAAUUUCACCUCCUAUCGAUUUUGUUUUAUUAAUGAAAUUUAUUCCAACUACUCGAAACCCGAUAUACUGUAUGUACACAAUAUACUCUACGUUCUUCCAAUGUGUUUUACGACAGUCAACGUUCAACCGUUAGUUUUGUGUUAUCCUGAACAAAACGAACGAAAUAAUCCAUCGUGUUUGAUGUAUAGAACACGUUUACUCUGUUUAUAUGAUAUAUAGUGAAAAUAAAAUUUUUAAGACAUA